CAUAUAGUAGUAGAUGUAAUGCCAUGAAUUUGGUUCUGUUUAAGCUCUGUUGCAUUGAAGAAUUGGUUUGUGUGUUCAGUAUUGGUUGUUAGCGCUUAGAGGCAGCUGUGAUGUGCUGUUAGUGUUGAAUAUAACUAACUAACUGGUCGUAUAGUGGGUGUCUGACCUCUCACAUCACAUAAUUUUUAACGAUAACUUACAUAAUUUUUUGUGCUUUUAUUCUUAUAUAUAUCUGUGCCAACAUAUGACUAUAUGGACAAUAAGCGACACAUUAUUAUAAUAAGAGGAAUAUCAUUAUAGUAAUCAAUGGCAACAUUACAUAAUGGCAUAGAAAAUGGACAGACAGUGACCACAAUUCAUAUAUCAAAUGGUAAUUUGAUUCAACAUAACAAUCACAUCAACGAUUCAGAUAUAAAUCCAAGCAAAGAACAGGACGCUAUCAAACUAUUUGUCGGACAAAUACCCAGAAAUCUCGACGAAAAAGACUUAAAGCCAUUGUUUGAACAGUUCGGCAAAAUCUAUGAACUAACUGUCCUUAAGGACAAAUACACGGGAAUGCAUAAGGGCUGUGCAUUUCUGACCUACUGUUGCCGCGACAGUGCAUUACUGGCACAAAACACAUUACAUGAACAGAAGACUCUGCCCGGGAUGAACCGUCCAAUACAAGUCAAACCAGCAGAUAGUGAGAGUCGAGGCGAAGAUAGAAAAUUAUUCGUAGGAAUGCUUAGUAAACAUCAAUCUGAAGAAGACAUACGAAUGUUGUUUCAACCGUACGGUUGUAUAGAGGAGUGUACGAUAUUGAGAGGACCUGACGGACAAAGUAAAGGCUGUGCAUUUGUCAAGUUUGGUACACAUAGUGAAGCUCAGGCAGCUAUCAAUUCAUUACACGGAAGCCAAACAAUGCCGGGCGCCUCCUCCAGUCUAGUUGUUAAGUUUGCCGACACUGAAAAAGAGAGACAAUUAAGGCGAAUGCAACAAAUGGCCGGUAAUAUGGGUUUAUUAAGUCCAUUGGUGUUUAACCAGUUCGGCACUUAUGGCGCUUAUGCUCAGUUAAUGCAGCAACAGGCCGCCAUUAUGGCUGCAGCAGGUGGUUAUGUGCCUAUAGCCGCAGCAUUGGCCGCACAGUUACCUGCACAGGCUGUGCAAUUGCCCAAUGGACUCACCAGUCCUGCCCUUACACCCACCUCAGGCUUUGUUUCAAUUGGUAUUGGAACUGGAAGUCCAAACACGACCAAUGGAGGCACUCACGGUCAUCCACCAAAUGCUCCGACCCCACCAUCAUAUCACGGGACGUGCAAUGGACAGACACCUACUCCGACUGAAGUCUACACAACGGGUUGUUUGCAGAGUCUGAUUCCAACUCAAGCCAUUCCCAAUGGAGAUCCACUGCAAUCCGGAGCCGCCGCUUAUCAGAGUCUAACACCUUAUCACGGAAUAAGUUAUCCACCAGCAUAUGCGGGCCAAUUUGCUCAGGCAUUGGCAUCACAACAGCCAACUGUGGUAACCACAUCACCUCAACAGCAAAGAGAGGGCCCCGAGGGUUGCAAUUUGUUUAUAUAUCAUUUGCCACAAGAGUUUGGAGACGCAGAGCUCAUGCAAAUGUUUCUGCCGUUUGGUAAUGUUAUCAGUGCUAAGGUUUUCAUAGAUAGGGCAACAAAUCAGAGUAAAUGCUUUGGUUUUGUCAGUUUUGACAACCCUACCAGUGCCCAAACAGCUAUACAAGCCAUGAAUGGCUUCCAAAUUGGUAUGAAACGCCUUAAGGUUCAACUCAAGAGACCAAAGGAUGCCAGUCGGCCUUAUUGAUUGCACCAUCAACUUAGCACAGAUCUUACUGAAUACUUGGAUAAAACACUUAAAUAUCAAA